CAACUUCUACUUUCGACAUAUUUCUUUUUGUGUGUUUUUUUCUUUUAAAAGCACUCGGGCCUUGCUACGGCAACGCGUCUAUUGACGCUAUACUCAUCAACUCUCAAUCUCCUAUAACAACAUCCUAAAGUGACGAGAGAGUCGAGUGUCCCCACCCCGCCGUAAGUAGGGGCCUCGACUUACAAAGAUGAAGGGCUUCAGGCGAGCGCUCUCGCGAGGCAAGGACAGCAAGUCCACCAAGAAGAAUAAGGAUUCCAAAGAUGGCACGGCUUCACCUUCGUCUAGUGGUUCUCGAGAGACCCAGUCGCCUGUAUUGACACCCUCUUCCUCUACCUCGACGCUGAACGAUCUCAGAAACAAGCCCCUCCCUCCCAAUAAUGCUGGAACACAUGGUGGUGAUCAUGGUAGCUCUGCUUUGCAAGGUCAGGUUGGCCAAGCACCUGGCGUUCUGCCUGACCGGUUUGGCGCUCAGCAGUCGCUAAAUGGUGCUGCUACCCCUCGACAUGGUGGUACCCUUCCGCCAACCGUGGUCAUUAGUCCGAGUGCUCCACACAUUCCACCUCCCGGCGCUGCAGAGACCAUGCCGCACGAUCUCGCUCCACCCAAAGCCGGCUCAAAAUCCCUUGUCUUUGACCGUCUCCACCAGACACCGAAAGAUGUCCCCGAAGGUCUCAGGACACCUAGGAGACAGAACUCGUCGCGAUUUGACAUCUCGACCCAUCGAGAACUGGAAAAGCUACCAGGGUUUCAUGAAGUACCGCCUAACCGACGACAGGAGCUUUUCAUGCAGAAGAUUGAUCAGUGCAACGUCAUUUUUGACUUCAACGAUGCUAGUGCCGACAUGAAGUCCAAAGAGAUCAAACGUCUAGCCCUACAUGAGCUACUUGACUACGUAGCCAAUAAUCGUCAAGUUAUCACGGAACCAAUGUAUCCUCGCGUCGUUGAGAUGUUCGCAAAGAAUCUAUUCCGCCCGAUCCCCCCGCCUAUGAACCCGCAAGGCGAAGCAUUUGAUCCCGAGGAAGACGAACCUGUGCUAGAGGUGGCUUGGCCCCAUAUCCAGGUCGUCUACGAGUUCUUUUUGCGAUUUAUCGAGAGCCAGGACUUCAACACGAACAUCGCUAAAGCAUAUAUCGACCAUAGCUUUGUACUUCAGCUCUUGGAGCUUUUUGACUCGGAAGACCCACGCGAACGAGACUUCCUCAAAACAACCUUGCAUCGCAUCUAUGGAAAAUUCUUAAACCUUCGUUCUUUCAUCCGACGUUCCAUCAACAACGUCUUCUUUCAGUUCACCUAUGAAACGGAGAGAUUCAAUGGCGUGGCCGAGCUGCUUGAGAUUCUCGGCUCCAUUAUUAACGGAUUCGCCCUGCCUCUCAAAGAGGAGCAUAAGCUAUUUUUGACCAGGGUGUUACUCCCUCUCCACAAAGUGAAGAGUCUUAGCAUGUACCACCCUCAACUCGCGUACUGUAUUGUUCAGUUCCUCGAAAAAGACGCCUCGCUUACCGAGGAUGUCGUUCUCGGCCUUCUCCGAUACUGGCCGAAAGUCAACAGCACCAAGGAGGUUAUGUACCUCAAUGAGGUUGAAGAUAUUUUCGAGGUAAUGGACCCUGCAGAAUUCACAAAGGUCCAGGAGCCGCUGUUCCACCAGCUCGCCAAAUCCGUCGCAAGCCCGCAUUUCCAAGUUGCAGAGCGAGCCCUAUAUUUCUGGAACAAUGAGUAUUUCUGCAACCUCGUGAGCGAUAACGUCGAUAUCAUCCUGCCCAUCAUGUUCGCACCGCUUUACGAAAAUUCUAAGGGACACUGGAACAGAACAAUCCAUGGGAUGGUGUAUAAUGCGAUGAAGCUCUUUAUGGAGAUCAACCCGCAGCUUUUCGACGACUGCUCUCACGAAUAUACAGAACAGCAAAAUAAUGCUGCAGCAAGGGAAGCCCUCCGAGAGAGGAAAUGGGCUGCUAUCACAGAGCAGGCUAACAAGAGGAGAGUCAACGGCGCCUCUGGGAAUGGUACCCCGGCUUCAAAGCCACUAAGCAUAAUGCCGCGAGUUGAAGAAGCCGAUUCGGUCACGGAGGAUAACCAGAAGAGGUUGGAUUCGUUGAAGCUUCAGGAUGCUGACAGAACUAACCGCCGCCCCAAUACGCACGAGCGGCAGGGUUCGGCUAGCUCUGCGCGGAGUCAGCGGUGAUUUUGAUUCUCGUUCCUCCUAUCCCCUGUGAACCUUCCCACGAAGAGCAUUUCAGAAGUGCUCGACUCCUUUUACGAUAGAACUUGUAGGCGACGAUGACCUGGUUUACACGAACCUCUUAAAAAUUCUAUUUCGAUUUAUCCAUACACCAUCACAGCUCAUUGUUUCUAGUAAGCAUCGGGCUGUCUCAUCCUAACUUGCGCGGUAC